AGCCGCGCGUUUCCGGCGCGCUCCCCCGCGUCUUGCGUCCUGUGGUCUCGCCCGUCUCCGCUGCCAUGUUGGAUUGUGCGGCCGCCGCCGCCGCCGAAGGAGGGUUGGAGGAGGAGUUGGGAGUUUAACGCAGUCGCCGGAGUGCAAGGACAACGACCAUCCGGCCAGACCCUGGCCGGGCGGGAGCAGAGAGCUUCCCUUUCUCAGCGCGGUCCGCCGACGGCUCCUCCUUCCCUUGGCCUCCUCCCCGUGCCAGAGGAGCUGCGAGAUGCUGCGCCUCUGACUCCCCUCCUCCCGCCCCUGUCACCGAGAAGGGGAUCUAGCAUUCGCCCACUCGCCGGAGGAGACGGCCCUGGCCUCCCAACCCUGCCGGCGAAACCAUGAGCUCCGGCCCGCAGCAGCCGCCGCCGCCGCGGAGGGUCACCAACGUGGGGUCCCUGCUGCUCACCCCGCAGGAGAACGAGUCCCUCUUCACCUUCCUCGGCAAGAAAUGUGUGACUAUGUCUUCAGCAGUGGUACAGUUAUAUGCAGCAGAUCGGAACUGUAUGUGGUCAAAGAAGUGUAGUGGUGUUGCUUGUCUUGUUAAGGACAAUCCACAGAGAUCUUAUUUUUUAAGAAUAUUUGAUAUCAAGGAUGGGAAACUAUUGUGGGAACAAGAGCUAUACAAUAACUUUGUAUAUAAUAGUCCUAGAGGAUAUUUUCAUACCUUUGCUGGAGAUACCUGUCAAGUUGCUCUUAAUUUUGCCAAUGAAGAAGAAGCAAAAAAAUUCCGAAAAGCAGUUACAGACUUGUUGGGCCGGCGACAGAGGAAAUCUGAGAAAAGACGAGACCCUCCAAAUGGUCCUAAUCUACCCAUGGCAACAGUUGACAUAAAAAACCCAGAAAUCACAACAAAUAGGUUUUAUGGUCCACAAGUCAACAACAUUUCCCAUACCAAAGAAAAGAAAAAAGGAAAAGCUAAAAAAAAGAGGUUAACUAAGGCAGAUAUUGGAACACCAAGCAAUUUCCAGCACAUUGGACAUGUUGGUUGGGAUCCAAAUACUGGCUUUGAUUUAAAUAAUUUGGAUCCAGAAUUGAAGAAUCUUUUUGAUAUGUGUGGAAUCUCAGAGGCACAACUUAAAGACAGAGAAACAUCAAAAGUUAUAUAUGACUUCAUUGAAAAGACAGGAGGUGUUGAAGCUGUUAAAAAUGAACUACGAAGGCAAGCACCGCCACCUCCACCACCAUCAAGGGGAGGGCCGCCUCCUCCUCCCCCCCCUCCACAUAGCUCAGGCCCUCCUCCCCCUCCUGCCAGGGGAAGAGGGGCUCCUCCUCCGCCACCUUCAAGAGCUCCCACAGCUGCCCCGCCACCGCCGCCUCCGUCCAGGCCAGGCGUAGGAGUCCCUCCACCUCCGCCAAAUAGGAUGUACCCUCCUCCACCUCCAGCCCUUCCCUCUUCAGCACCGUCAGGGCCUCCACCACCACCUCCACCUCUGUCGGUGGCCGGGUCAGCGGCACCACCCCCACCUCCUCCACCUCCACCUCCACCGGGGCCACCACCUCCCCCCGGCCUCCCUUCUGAUGGUGACCAUCAAGUUCCAACUCCUGCUGGAAGCAAAGCAGCUCUUUUAGAUCAAAUUAGAGAGGGUGCUCAGCUUAAAAAAGUGGAACAGAACAGUCGACCGGUGUCCUGCUCUGGAAGGGAUGCACUUUUAGACCAGAUACGACAGGGUAUUCAGCUGAAAUCUGUAUCUGAUGGCCAAGAAUCUACACCGCCGACUCCUGCACCCACUUCAGGAAUUGUAGGUGCAUUAAUGGAAGUGAUGCAGAAAAGGAGCAAAGCCAUUCAUUCUUCAGAUGAAGAUGAGGAUGAGGAUGAUGAAGAAGAUUUUGAGGAUGAUGAUGAAUGGGAAGACUGAUCUAUAUAUUAUAUAUAUAUUUUUAAGGUGAAACACUAAACACUACUUUCUGUCUAUGGAUUCUGUAAAAUUAUCAUGUAAAUGUUCUACCAAUUUGCUGUAUAUUUUUGUUGCCUUUUUUGCUUUUUUUUAUUAAUCUGUGCAAUACCUCAUUUAAUCUGUAAAGGUUUGUCAUAAUCCUCUGCAAAGCUACUCCCUGGUACUGUGUGCACGUUUACACCAGGUUGCUCACUUAAUUUUGUGAAUAUUUUUCAUUCCAUCAACAAGGGAGUUUAAAUAUUAUAUGUGAGACUGACAAAAACCUUAAUGUAAUUUAGUUAUAAUGCCAGAAGGAAAACACUAUUUUCAUACCCUACUUUUUCUGUACCUAAAUUUUCUUAUUAAAAUCUAGUAUAGCACUACAUUCUUUUUUAAGUGAUACAAACCUUAGUUUAUUUAGCCCCUUCAUUUUGAACACAUGCUACAUGAAUGUCGAAGCUGAUACAUUGCACAGUUCUCUAGACAUCACUACACUGAUGCAAUUCAAAUUUUAGCAAUAUGCUCUAUGUAAAAUCACUACAGAGAUGCUAGUUGGGAAAAUGAGUAACACACCUCUUACAGCAAUAUUGCCUGUUACUGUACAGAAGUGGUGUUUGGAGGCUGGAAUCAUAAGGAGCCCUUGCAUACCUGUUCUUGACUGAGGUUAUUUUUAUGCUAGAGCAAAUGUGGCAGGCUCUUUGGCAAAAAUUUCAAAAAUAUUUUUGGUAUUAUUCUGAAACAAAAGUUAAGUUGUUGAAGUUUAGGAGAUCUUAGGGAUAAUUUCAUUCUACAUGAACUGAAGGAGGUGAUACAUUAUGAUGACUUCAAUAUUUGGCUAAAUAUACUAUAAAAAUCAGAACAUUAUAAAAAUAUGUGGAAUUUAGGUAUUUUUAUUUUACAGUGUGUAAGGACUGAGGUAUUGAGCAAUACCAACCAUAAAAAUCUCACCUAAUUGGCAAAGGUAUAUACACUGUAAUGCUGAAAUUAUUAUGCUAUUUUUUAAAAUUUUGAUAAUUUCUCAAGGUUUUUGUCAAAUGUCAGGUGAAGGGUUACAUUUUUCUUAAAAGAUUGGUGGUCCCAAUGUCAAAUUUAUUGAAAACACAAAACUGAAUGAUAGGGUUUUGUUUUGUUUUUUUUUAAGAAUAAAACUUUACAACCUGCACAUUUGUUAUGUAUGCUAAAUGAUGUGUUAAAAUUAGGGUUUCGGGUUUCCUUGCCUCUCUAUAAUACACUAGUCUGCCUAAAGAUGGUUGUUUCAUAUUUAUAGCAUUAAUUAUCAUACCUACCUACUUUAAACUUUAGGUAGAAAAAUGAUCUGAUUUAAAUACAGACACCUAUUUUUCUCACAUUGAGUCAUACGCAGAAUGUAGUUCCAAAUGUAUUUCAUUAUUAUAGUCACAAUAUUCAACUAAAAAUUAAGCUCUCUAUAAUUAUACCGACCAAAAUCUAGUAUUGACAUGAUCUUGACAGGCUGGACCUGCAAGAUGUGGCUUGAAUUUUAACCAGUUAUCACAUAAUCUUUAGUGAUCAUGCAUCUAGUUAUCAUGAGAAAUAAUUUAAAAGGUUUUGUUGCUGAAAGCAGUAAGUGGUGCAGUAAAAUAGUUAAGUUAUUCAAAGAAUGUUACCUUCCUUGCAGAAGUAAUUUAAGUACAUGGGAAAGAGUCUAGACUUUGUUUCUUGCAAAAACAGUACCCUCUGCUUCUGGAAACCUUUUUCUGCUUACUCUCAUUUUUAUUGUGGCUUGAGCUAUGGUGAGUCUUGGUGUGGAUGAGGCUGGACAAUUACUAACCAAUAAAAUUAGGAAUUUGUGCAAAUGGUAAACAGAACAUUAUAAUUAUUUUAAAUAAUAUUAAACAUUUUUCUUUUCUUUUAGACAUUAUAAAUUUUUUUUUUAAAUAUCUUUGAAAUUUCUUUAAAGUAAUGCCAAUUUAAGAUCUCUCUUAACUGUGGGGCAAGGGGUUCUAGGCUUUCCAGCUAAUUUUGGUAUGAUAAAAGAUUUUUUUCAGGAGCUGCUCUGAGCAGAAGUAUCAGUUCUUUGAAUUGGAAACACAAUUUUAAAUAUGUAUGAUGGGUAUAAAAUUUGCCAAUGACAAUUGAGUUUAUUUCUUCUUAAAAAAAAAAAAAAAAGACUUUUUGUUGUUGUUGUUGCACAAAGUCUCAGUUACUAUUGGUUGAGACACAACAGCUGUGGAAUUCAGUCCAGGCAUGAAGGCUAAAUCCUCUUUAGAUGUAAAAGGUGCAUGUUUCAGUCCUCCACCACCUUGCACUGUAGACAGCACUGUACCUGUGCGUCGUCUGAAAGCCUCCCGCGUAUACUCCAGCUAAAUUAUUGUCUGAUAGCCUUCGCAUUUAACAAACUAGCAUGAGGCUUUUUAUAUCUAAAUGCUACAUGAUAGACAAUUUCAGCUAGCCACAUAUUGUAUGUAUGAGAUUCAUAAAGACUUUCAAUCAUUCAUUUCCAUUUAUCAACUGAAAUUUUGUUUAGUAUGUGAAAUUUUUUUGAAAUGUAUAGUGAAUAGGAUGUUGCACUGGUGGCAAUUCAUCAUGGAGCAUAAUAAAAUUAAUUUGACCCAAAUAGUA